UCUCGCAGGACACCCGGGCCCUCCUCCGGCCAACCUGCCUGCCCGGGGCGGCGCGGAGCCCUUGCGGCGGCAGCAUGCACCGGAACCCCGCCUCGUCCUUGCCCCUGGCUAGCCCCGACUUCUAUGAGAGGCUGGGCCACCUCCAGCGCGGGCUGCGGGACAGUGAAAAGAAGAGAUUGGAUCUGGAAAAGAAGCUUUGUGAAUAUAAUCAGUCAGAUGUCUACAGAAAUAAGCUUAAGUAUGUAAAACUAAAGAAGUAUCUUAAGGAAAUAUGUGACUCUGAGAAGAGGGCUCAUGCCCGAAACAAAGAGUAUCUAAAGCGAUUAGAGUGUGUCGAAGCUCAUGUCGGGCGGCUUGCCACAAAUACCAAGAAGCUGCAAGAACUGAAGAUUGAAUAUGAGACUCAGAUUAAGAAAAUGCAGCAACUCUCAAAAGGUGGCCUAGGAGUAAAAGACAAAUUGAAAGAUCCAGAUGAAAGAAAGGUUGCACUACAGGCUGGAAUUAAUUUGGGGACUGCCAUGUCAAGAGGGUUGUAUCAACCAGCAACAAUCUUUAUGGGCCGCCAAAUGUCAGCCAUUUCAAGCCUUGCCGACUUCAGCAGAGAGCAGAAAUCUCCCCAGCCCACAAAGAAUUUUUCAAUUCCUGACCCACAUUCACUUUCACAGACAGCCCAGAGCAGGGAUGUGACAGACAGCUGUGUAGUACAAACCCACAGUGACACACAGUGCUUAAAGAAGUCUGACAACACAGAUGGGAAGACAUCUCUUCAGACGGGACGGAGAACGCCCGUCACAGGCAGCGUAUUGUCUGAGGAGGAACAGACUCAUUGCUUGGAGAUAGGAGGCAACCCACGUCUCAGUGAGAAUCAUUUAUCUGUAGGCAAAAAGUGUGCUCAACUCCAUUCCCUGUUCCAGGAAAGAUUAAGUCCAGAGAACAGAACCGAUGAUUUCAAGUGUGACAGUUGCAGCAGAUCAGAGGAAUCAGAGGGAGGAGUACUGACACAGGAACGUAUUGAAGUUGAGGAAGCGAGAGCCAGCCCGCCAGUCUUGCCUGUGUCAGUCCCAGAACACUGUGCGGCUGAUAGUCGCGCCCGGGAGGAGCAUCCUGCCAGGCGAGCUUCCUCAGGUCUUCAUUCCCAGGGGGAGCUAGAAUCACAAAGCCCCUUCCAAGGGGUGCAAGACGAGGAGGAGGAAAGCUUGAGCAGCAGCAGUGACCUCACAGUUUCUGUGAGUGAAGAUGAUUUCAUUUUGAAGAGUCCAGAACCACAGCCAAAUCCAGGUGACAAGAUGGAGGGAGAAGAUGAAAUAGAGACCUUAAAAUUAAUCCACACAAAGCAGAAAAGAGAAGCCCUGCCCACUGAAGAAGAUAAAUGUGCUGUACAAACUGUAAGCUCUCCAGGUUCAGAAAAGGAAUUCUCCACUAAGUCACCAACAAGAGAAUCUGAAGAAGCCCCAGACUCAGGCUUCCUGAAGGCACAGUUGGGUGAUGCCACCUUGAGAGAACAAGUCCGUUCUCCCCAGGAGGCAACAGCAUUCUUGAGAGAAGCUUCUGUGGAAGAGUGUGCCGAUGGGUCGGCUGUUCACAGCACUGAAUCAUCUUGCAGCUUGCCACCAAUUCUGAAUGACGAUCCUGGAAGAAAGGAAGCAAAACCCCCUCUGGAGCUGCACAGUGUUCACGCAAGGGAGCAAGAAGUUUCAAGUGACUGUGGAGAUGAGAGAAAGGAAGACAGCAUGGCCACGGCAGUCCCAAUCACAGAAACAAGAGUCUACCAAUUGCUGAAGAUGUCUGCCCUCCAGGAUAACAGGAAGCAGACUGAAGACAGAUUGCCAAGGGCAGCUGCCUCUGCGUCACAGCCGUCAGGUCUGCACGUUGGCAGCAGUGCACCCCAGACAAAGUCGGCCAGCAGCACCGCCUCCGGAGCCCGGGAUUCAUCUGGUGAGGGAAGUCCUUUGUCAAGGAAUGAAAACAAAAAGAAAUUGAUCGUCAACCUGAAGUCUAAUGUCUUCUGGGGUGAGUCGGACGACAGUAACUCAGACAUUGAAGCUGCCCUACGUCCGAGGAACUGUGACACAUCCAGCGAUGGUUUUGAUGAUUUUUAUGAUUAAAGCACUGUAACAUCAAUUGGAAAUAAAAUCAGCAGACAAGCUG